UCGUAUCAGUGUGGUCCCGGGCCGCGGUGUGCGUUGUCGUGUGUGCGUGGACACAUAGAGGCGCACAACAGUUCACGACGCGAUCAAAACAAGCUGAUUACGAAAUACGUACGUGUUUACGAUAGAUAAUGUACUCGUAGUGCUUCCAGCGACUUUCAUUACAAAAUAUAACCAGACUCGAACCUCGCGGUGCGCUGUCCCUGACAUCGUGCCGUAACUUCCACGUAUAAACAUUUAGUGAAAGAACUUUGGGACCGUCUAUGGUUAAUAUUCGUAUAAUUUAUAAUAAUAUUCAUAAUAUACACAUUCGUGCGAACAACAACAAGUGAUAGUGUGGUGUGACAGAGGCCCGUGGACUGUCGUCGAGUAUCCUCACUAUUCGCCACUCGUUUGUUUAUUUACAAUACAGAAGAGUCAACAAGUUCGUGAGCCGCCGCCGCGCCACCGCGCCGACCUGCGUCGCAACAAUAUGAGUUCAAACGAACUAGCUAUUGAAAAGACUUGAAACAGGCCAGAGCUUAACAUUCGGUAAUGACGGCUGCUCUGUGCAGGAGACGAGGGAGUCGCGCCGGGAUGUAGCGCUCGCCACAGAUGAAGUGGUGGCCGAGGGCGCUCUGUCUCUGGAGCGCGCUGAGUUUGCUGGCUGUGAUUGCACACACAGACAGUGAUGACGUCCCCGAAGUAGUAGUGAGUGCUGUGACGCUGGAGAGAGACGGAGCGGUGCUGGCGGAGGUGGUCCGCGCCGCCCUCAGCCGAGCCGGAGUCCACGCCCGGGUGUCUCCGCCGGCGCCCGUCUGCUCGCGGCCUGACUCCAGCGCCUGCCUAUACGCUACGCUGCGAGACCUCGUGCGCGGCUCGGUGACGGCGGCAUUGCUGCCCGUGGGCGCGCAGCUCCCGCCCGCGCUGCAGCUGCGAGACGCGGGGCUAGAAGAGCUAGGCGAUGCGGCCUCCCCCUCCCGACGCACCUGCCUCUCCUCCCCUCCUGCCCGAUCCCUGCUUGACCUCGCCGACGAGGAAAUCGCUCGUCUCUACUACGUCGCGCCCGACGUCCUGGGCGAACACAAUUAUACCAGGGUGUUAACGUUUCCUAAUUCAACUUGCAAGAUCGGAACUCGUUCCAAUGCUAACCAGAGCUGCACUCAAGAAACCGGCUUUGCAACUAUUCUCUCAGACGACCCUGACGAAGCGGCGCUGUUGACUGAAGUGGUAGCCCAGUGGGGACUGAGGGCACGAGUGGUAACCAGGAACGCUCACAACACCGCUCUGCCUCCUCCCGCCCUGCGCUGCACCACCACCGCCCUCCGCCGUCUCCGUCACUUCACUACCGCCGGCUAUAGACCUCUGGCACCGCCGCCUUGUACUGAGACUCACUGUCCCUUCGAGUCACGGCGACUCGUCAAACUCGUCAACGCUCGCCAGCUGACUCGCUCACCCAGCGCUUACAGGAUCCUAGGUCGGAUCGUUUUUGAGGAACAGGAAUUGGUCGAGCUCGCCGAACGAUCCCAUACGGUCGGGCCUGAGAUGGCGGCUCGUGAAUUCGUGGAGUCUCGGCCGCGCUGGGCAUCGCCCCCGGCCGAGGUGCGCGUUGCCGUGAUCGUGCCCGCCACCUCGCCCCGCCAGGUGCAGGACGCGCGUGCCCUGCGAGCCGCUGCCGAGCUCGCGGAGAAGGACAUCCUUGAGACCAAGGGAACGCUGCGUUUCAAAGUAGAACUCGUCGAUGGCGGAUGCGCCGCAACGCCUGCUUUUAAAUACCUCACAGACGCGCUGGGCACGGAGUACGGCGCUCUGUCAGCCGUGGCUGGACCGGCGUGCGGGGCCGCAUUCGCGGACGUUGCUCGGCAGAGUCCAACGCUGGCCUUGCCGUUGCUCGCGUACACACCACAAGCUCCUCCAUCGGACGGGGGGGGGCAUCUGGCGCUCCUAACGGGGGGCGACGCGCGGCUCUACACGGACGCCUGGGCGACUCUACUGAAUCACUUCGGGUGGCGGCGACUAGCAGUUCUCAGCGAGCUUUCUAUGCGACCUGCACUUGAAGUUUCACGUCUGCGCGUCGACAACAUAUUGGUGCACGUCGAACUCACCACAGACGCAGAAGAAGUGAACUUGGAACUUAUCAACGGCUGGGCGGAGCGAGCAGCACGAGAGAACGCGCGCGUGCUGCUGGUGAGUGCAGAGGACGCGCGCGUGGUGCGGGCGGCGCUGACCGCGGGACGGCGCGCCGGGCUCGCGGCCUGCGUGUGGCUGCUGCCCGCGCUGGAGCCGCUCGGGUCGCUCGCCGACGGACAUUUCAGCUUCGUCCCAAGCUGGUUCCUCGACUGGAAACCGGACUCUACGACUGAGCGUCGCCGAUGGACGUCGCGUUGGAACGAGCUAUGUGCGCGGGGCCCGAGGGGUGGCGGCGCGUGCCUCUCUCCACCGGCGACCGCGGCCUUGCUGUACGAUGUGCUUCAGCUCUGGGCGGCCGCGUUGCGCCGACUGCUAACCUCGCGCCCGGCCUCCCUCGACGAUCUGCACCGCAAAGAUGUAGUUCAGUUUCUCGUCGAAGACGCAACGAAAGCCAAUUACAGUGGACUCACUGGGGUAUUCAAGUGGACGACAGCAGAUGAGUCGAAAGCCCGCGUCGCGGAUUUGUUAUUGCUUCAGUGGAACAACGGGACAGCACGUCGCGUAGGGCGCUGGCACGACGGCGUCCUCGUGCUCGACGACGGUGCGAUACGGUGGAACACGACAGACGGCCGCGCGCCCGACGACGGCGCCGAGCGAUGCGCGCUGCAGCCGCUCGCGGACCUCCUGCGGGCUGACUGUCGCGUGGCUUUCGUGACCGUGGCCACGCUCGCCCUCGCGCUGGCGGUGAGCGCGCUGGCGGCUGGUGCCUGGCUCUGCAAGCGACGCGCCGAGCGGGAAUACCGCGCCCGCCUCGCCGAGUUAGGCCUGCGUGCGCUGGUGCCCGAGCCGGGCGGCCUCGACAAGUGGGAAGUUCCCCGCGAACGUGUCGUAAUUAACAGGAAGCUUGGAACUGGUGCCUUCGGCAUGGUCUACGGAGGUCACGCGCUGCUCGCCGAAGAUAGAGGAUGGAGCGCGGUUGCCGUAAAAACCUUGAAAGCGGGUGCGACAACGGAAGAAAAACUAGACUUCCUCUCGGAAGCGGAGGCUAUGAAACGGUUCGAACAUAAGAAUGUGGUCCGUCUCCUCGGUGUCGUCACGAAAACGGAACCCGUGUGCACAGUGAUGGAAUUCAUGCUAUACGGGGACCUGAAGAACUACUUGUUGGCGCGGCGCCACCUGGCGGGCGCGGGCGGCGCGGCGGCCGAGGAGGUGUCCCCGCAGCGCCUCACUGCGAUGGCGCUGGACGUGGCUCGCGCGCUGUCGUACCUGGCGCAGCUGCGCUAUGUGCACCGCGACGUCGCCGCCAGGAACUGUCUCAUCAGCGCUAACCGCGUCGUGAAGCUGGCAGAUUUUGGAAUGACUCGACUUGUGUUCGAGAACGACUACUACAGGUUCAGCCGCAAGGGGAUGCUGCCGGUGCGCUGGAUGGCGCCGGAGAGUCUCGCGCUGGGCGUGUUCUCCCCCGCCUCUGACGUGUGGUCAUUCGGCGUUCUGCUCUACGAAAUAGUGACUUUCGGCGCGCUGCCGUUCCAAGGGCUCAGCAACUCAGAGGUGCUGGCGCGCGUGAAGGCUGGCCAUACGCUCGACCUCCCCGCGGGACUGAAGCCGCAGCUGGAGGGCCUGAUGAAGUCGUGCUGGCAGCGAGAGAGGCGCGCCCGGCCCAGCGCGGCCGAGGUCGCCGCCUUCCUCGCGGACUGGGGCCGGCUGCUGACGCCCUGCACCGACGCGCCUCUCGACGCCCUGUCCUUCGACGGCGAGUGGCGCGCGCGGGGCUCGUGGGCCACACCGCUCACCGACACCACCUACCUCAGCGCCGACCUGCCGCGCGAUACCGACGCCUUCCUGCCAUCCUGACGCUCUCUCCGCCCUCGACUCUUCGUCCCUGGAGGAUGGGUGGCGCGCGCGAAGCUCUCGGGCCACACUACCUACCUCAGCGCUGACCUGCGCCCUCAAAGUCACAGCACGAGGUUUGUCAAAUCUUCUGGUCUAACUUUAGUAUCAUUUAUUUUUACGUAAGUAAGUAAUAAUAGUUAUAAAUAAAAAAUAAAACCAAUUUGUUUUAAAAGUU